GUCCAUUGUGGAUAUAUUGUUCACAUGGCGCCUGCAGUGCCACUGAUGCUGGAUACGAGCCCCUAGCACCUAGCUGCCCAUGUUGCGACGCGCGAGGGGCUGCGAAGCCCCAAUCUCGCAAAACCACACCAGUCCUAUAUGCAGGUGCCAUACAGAGAUUGACAGCUUCGCUUGGUUGCAAGAUUAGAUAGCUGGUGUCAGCCAACCUUGGAACCUGCCAAGACACCUUUUCCCAUGAACCUCCUUGAGGGUUGGCGCUAUAUGGAUGGUGCAGGAGGGGUCCAGGGGCCAUUGCACUUGGACGCUGUCCGCGACUUGCUGCGGAUCAAUGUGCUAAGCCAUGAAACACAGGUGCACCACCGCAUGAUGGGCUGGCGCUGGCUGGGGCACGUGCUGCUAGGGGCCAGCUACACCCACCCCCAGGGCCUCGCAUUCCGAGCCAUGGGCCCGCCGCAAGCACCCACCGCCUUUGCAGUAGUAUCAGACGCAGGGCUACCGAAACAGCAGCUGCAAGGUCACGGGCAUCCAGCUGCGAACAAGGCAGCCGCCGUGCCGCCGCAGCCGCCGCAGCAGCAGCAGCCCCCGUUACCUGCGCCUGCAGCAACGGCAGCCGGCGCCCCAGCUCAGCCGUCCAAGGUUGUGAAACCCGGCAGGGGCAAGGGAAAGGGCGUGCCGCGUGCCACUGUUCCCGCCCAGCGCUCCAACCCCUUCGCAGCGCUCAACCCGCAGCCGGGCGGCGGCAGCAGCGCCCCCGCAGCCGCUGCCGCUGCCUCCACCGCGGAGGAGCCGGGCGGGGCCGCCACCGCUGCAAAGCCACCCACCUCGGCACCCGCACCUGGAACCUCACCCUUUGCGACAGCAUCACCCGCAGCCCUCCCAGCUCCUUCGGCGCAGCAGCAGCAACCACCGCAACCACCUCCUCGGUCGCAACCACCGCAACCACCUCCUCGAUCGCAACCGCCGCAACCACCGCAGCUGCCGUCUGCUCACAGCGGCGGCGGCGGUGUCAGCUGGCGGGGCUUCCUGGAGGGGUCGGUGGUGCCGCCAGUGGCCAGCGAGCAGCAGUACCUGAUCGCUGAGGAGGACUCGGAGGAGGAGCUGGCGGCGGUGGCGCAGCUGGGGGCG